AUGUCUGAUGACAUCAACAUGAACGCGGAAGUCGUGCGAGCGCGUCAUGUCUCAACGUUUCAGCCAGCCAGUGAGCCAAAUGGAGCGUACCACAUUCACCGGCAACUACAGGAUGAGGAGAUGACAGUGGCAUGGCAUCCGUCAUCGGAAUUGUCGGCUGAGGAGCUCGCCUCGGCCUUAGAAGAAACCAUUCGCGAUGCCGGAAAAAUGAAACGCAUGCGUUAUAGCACGGACGGAUCCGCACGCACCUCGGCAGAACGCCAGUGGCUGGGACUACCCUCAGAGUCGCCAUUAAGCUCACUGAAGGGCAAUCAGCUCGAGCAGACCAAGUAUCAUGUACCGGGACUGCACUCGCCGUAUGCGUAUGUCUCUGAUGAUGCGGGUGGGAUUUUCAUACUCCACUGUGAGGACGGUAACCUCCACUCUCUCAAUGUCUCGUACUGGGGCGGCCCCAGGGUCUGGAUAACGAUCAUCCCGCAACAUCGUGCCAAAGUCGAAAAGCACAUUCGCGGCUGGAGAUGUGCCCAACGAGCUCGGCAUGCUAGCCUCUUCAUACCUCGCUCGCUUCUUGACGAGUGGGGAAUUUCCUAUAACGUCUUUCUCCAGCGACCGCGAGAGACUGUGGUUGUGAGCGGUCAUACACUCCACCAAGGCGGCACAUUGACCUGUAGCGUUGCGGAGGCGGUCAAUUAUGGGCCACCUGGUUGGGACAUCAACGGCUACAAUGAAUGUUCUGUGGGGAGAAGUCCAUGCCCUGGUUUCCCCAUUCCUAAUGAAUAUCUGGAGUUUCUACCACGUGGUGAAAGACAACGUGACCAAUUAAAUCUGGACACCGCCGAGUCUGAAGUCGAGAUGGAUGUUCAGGUCGUCAGCACUGACGACGAUGAUCACGAUGGAGAUGCUCGCGACGAAGUGGUCCAGGGUCUAGUCGAGCAGCUGCUACCAGCGUUGCCUCGUCAUCGAUCUAAGCGGAAGACUCGAGAACACGCGGCAGCGACGCAUGCUCACGUAAACGGCGCGUCGUCGCUACCGACAGGCUCGAAGAAGAGACAAGCGAAUACCUCGCUCCCUCGUCGUCCGUCCAAAGUCUCGAGACCCACAAUUGCCGUGUCACAAGAGCUGAUGAAGUUGGAGCAACAGAUCAAAAGCAUUGACAAGCUAUGCAGAAUUCCAAGCUACGAUCCUGCUGAUCCGCCAACGACUAAAGUCGUGCAACUCGUUGCCGCCAUUUGGAGCCGUCCAGCAAUUCGGCAACACUGUGCUGCCGUCAGUAGUCAACGACAGGCUGGACUGCGAGACAUCGGUCCCGACCCAACGGGCAACAAUUGGCACAGAAUGAUCACGUACGCAAAGAGCAUCACGAACUCGCAAGAUCGAUCCGUGUUCGAAAAGCUGUCGAUUCGUCUUCAUCAGCGUCUCCUUGCACAGGAACUCGAGCUCUCCAGAGGCACGCGCCGCCGCAAUGACUCCAAAACACUGGAUGCCAUCUGCCAACCCUGUGGUUGGAGUCGAGAUAAUCUCGAGUACCAUCGCAAAAGAGGUCUGAAAUGGGCCCGGGUCUGUGGUCCCUACUCCGGACUGCUUAGUUUCAUUCCCAUCGGUUCCAAUGCCUUUGGCAUAUCGCCCGAGGUGUACCUCGAACUGGAUGAUACCGAGCUCCAUAUGUUCCACCGCUUGCUCCAGGACGACUAUUCUCGAGCACUAUCCACGGCCGGGAACGCGUUCGAGAGUUCCUUGAGGUGGGACGUGGAGGACGUGUCGUUUCGAUGGGAAGAAGGAGAUGCUGCCUUCCAAGCGUUGCCAGAGAAAAGUAUGCUCGACAAAUUGCAGCCCUUUCCGAGCGACGACGUUGAUCUCUACGAACCGGCCGCGGAUUGGGUCCGGCCUACAGAUUGGCCGACAGAGUGGGAAUGGCCCGUGAAUCCAACGACCGUGAUGGCGGACUCUGGCCCGCACUGCGAUUUUUGCCGCGAGGCUUCUUGCGAGUGCUUUCGCAUCGUUUUCGCCAACCACGGCAAAGCAAAACCACGGAUCCGACACUACGGCAAAAGGGGGCGCGGUCUCCAGGCUGUAGCUAAUGUACCUGGUCAGGCCGCCUAUAAGACUCGCCAUAUCCUCGGACGCUUGAGUGGCAAGUUAGUGCCGGUCGACACCCCGGACGACGGGUGGACAGUAGAGCUAAGCCGCCCGGACCUGCCACAGGCCGAACCUGUCUGUCAUCUCAGCUGUCUCACCCGUGGCAGCAACUUCAGAUUACUCAACCAUUCUUGCAACCCGUCGACCACAUUCCAGGUCGUUAGAGCUUCAGGGCAAUUUGUUUUCGCCGUUGUGGCGCUGCGUGAUAUCUAUCAUGGGGAGGAGCUGACUGUAUCGUAUGGCAAAGGGUAUUUUACGACCAGUGGAAUGCCGUGUCUGUGCGAGAAAUGCCGGCCCGAAAGUUUGCCAUGA